AUGCCUGAUGAGACCACGCCCACCAUGGAUGAGCUGGACACUGUGGAAGAUGGCAGCAAAGACACAUCGAUGUACCAGCCAGGACUCUCCCAGGCAGACCCCGCUCUGUUGCACCCCCCUCCGCUGUGCCCCGACCCGGUCAGCUCGCUAACUCACCUGGGGACGCCGCUGUCUGGACACGACGCACCAGGCGCCGGCGGGUGGGACAGGAGAAAGAACCUGUGUUUCCAAGGUUGUCAGUUACUGGGAGCAACCAGGGAACCAGGAAGGGACGCUCACGCAGACCAGAGCAUUAUCAUCCUGCACGCCAGGGUGGCCCAGAAGUCCUAUGGCAACGAGAAGAGGUUCUUCUGCCCUCCUCCUUGUGUAAACAUCAGCGGCCAUGGUUGGAGAGUCAUGCAGGACCAUCUGAAAGCGUCCGGUUAUGGAGACUCCAUGCAUCGACUGUGUGGCUACAUGUGUCUGGACAGCUCCAGUCAGUCUCAGGCCGACGCGUACAAAUUGAUUUUCGACGAACAACCAGACUCUGGGAAAAUGUUUGCCUGCGCCAAGUCCCUGUUCAUCUCUGAUCAGGACAAGAGGAAGCACUUCCGCCUGUUGCUGCAGCUCUUCCUGGGCAGCCGACAGGAAGUGGGGUCCUUCCAGAGCAGAAUGAUCAAAGUCAUCUCCAAACCCUCGCAGAAGAGGCAGUCGAUGAAAAAUGCAGACUUGUGCAUCUCUUCGUGCUCCAGAGUAGCUUUGUUCAACCGCUUACGCUCACAGACAGUCAGCACACGUUACCUCUCUGUGGACAGAGGAGCCUUCGUAGCCAGCGCCAGACAGUGGACAGCCUUCACCAUCACCAUGGUGGAGGAGCAGCGUGCCGACCGAGGCGACUUUGUGCUGAGUGAAGGCUUCAUCUGUUAUGGUUGUGUGGUCCAGUUGGUGUGUACCGAGUCCGAAGUAGCUCUGCCACCCAUGGUGAUUCGUAAGGUGAACAAGCAGCACGCCAUCUUAGAUGUGGACGAGCCGGUUUCUCAGCUCCACAAAUGUGCCUUCCAGUUCAGAGACGAUCCACACGCCUACCUGUGUUUGUCCAGUGACACCAUCAUACAGUACCAGGCUUCGCCCAGCAUCAGAGACCCCAGUAGAGUGGUGCUGAACGACGGAGCCUGUUGGACCAUCAUCGGGGUGGAAGCAGUAGAGUUCACCUUCAAUCAGGGGGUGACCUGCAUCCAGACACCAGUCAGUCCGUUUCCAGCCAUCACAGGGUUAGAGGUGAACGGUGGAGGACAUGUUGCCAUGCUGGAGAUUCACGGAGAAAACUUCAGCCCUCAUCUCAAAGUCUGGUUUGGACACAGCGAAGCCGAGACCAUGUUUAAGUCUCCCAAGUCUCUCCUCUGUGUCGUUCCUGACGUCUCCAUCUUCAGUGAUAGCUGGCGCUGUCUGCGUCGUAUCAUCACCGUCCCACUGUCCCUCGUCCGACUGGACGGUCUGAUUUAUCGCACACCCUUCAGUUUCACCUACAGCCCUGAGCUCCAGCCGCCUCCGUCUACCCGAGCAGCAGCAGGAGGCAUGAGAGAAGCAGGGAUGGACAGAGAGCAGGAGGACGACGUGCUGUUAGAGACCAUCCACCAGGAGUUCACCAGAGCCAACUUCCACUUGUUCAUGCAGAGUUAGUUCACGAUCGUGGUUCAGCACAGCUGUUGUCAUAAAAUAACACUUUACUCAUCCAACCUGUCUGAACCUGAACCACUGGUUUCCAGGUGUGAUGCACCGUCAGCUAUAAAGAGCGUGAAGAAGAAUGUUGUUUUAGUUUUUCUGUUGUUUCACUGGAGAUCGAGUCUCUAUGAAAACAGUCUGGGAACACGUGUUUCAACAAUACAGAGUAGCUGUCAGCGGCCAGUUUAGAGUCUAAACCGGACCAAACUUUAGACAAAGACUCUUAUCACAGAAUCACACAUGAUUCAGUCCUGAAUGUAGGAAACAGUGAUGCCAGCCUCCUGGAUCAGUCUUAACACAAAGGGCUGAUGGUGCUGGUUCUUUUCUGAUACAAAUAAUAUUCUUAUGCUUCUCUUUUACAUUAGAAAGUUGUUUCUUCAGACAUGACUUAUCACAAGAAAGUGUUGUACAUGCAGGCAUCAAUAGACUAAAAUAUCAACAACAAAGAUGAUACAUUUUCUAAGAUUUUAUCAAGCAGGCAUAGGAAUGGUGAAAUGUGCAUCCUGACCUACACUAUCGAAGUUCAACCCCUGGUCCACUCGUCUCCUUCCUCGUCUUCCACAGUGGUACAACAACUUCACACUGUUAACAAUAUCACUUGUCAAUAUAAAUCAAUAAAUUGGACCUGU